AUGAAUAAUUAUAAUGAUGUUAUUUUUUUUAAAAUUUGGAGAAAUCAUUUUAUUAGAAAUAAUAUAUUAGAAAAAAUUAAAGAUGAUAAAAAUUUUUAUGACAGUUUUAAAUAUGAAAAGAUAUUUUCAUGUUCAUGGAUGAUAGAGAAUGGAUAUUAUUUAUUAUUAAAAGAAAAAGUUAAUAGAGGUGAAAAUUUAAUAUUCAAUUGUAUUGAUUCACUUUGGGAAACCAAUGAAAAAGAAUUUAUACCAAGAAAUUUAACAAGAAAGAAAUUUGAUAAUGGUCGUCUAUUUGUACUAGAUUGUAAUUCAAUUUUUUAUAAAGAAAAAGCAGCAAUUCAUUGGGAUUUGAAUUUCUAUAUAAAUUUAUUUAAAAAUUAUCCAAAUUAUUUUUUAAAUUUUAAUAAAAAUGAAACAGAAUUCACAUUAAUUGAAUAUGAUAAUCAACAAGCAUUACAAAUUUUUGUAGAGAAUUUCAAUCAUAUAUUACAAAUUGAAUCGUUUUUUAGGUCAUUUGAAAUUGGUUCUUAUGAAUGUUCAUUUUAUAUUUUUAAUAAAUUUAAAAAUGAAAUUUUAAAAAGUAAAAAACAUCAAUCAAGAAUUUGGAAUACUUUAUUGAAUCAUUCAAUAUUUAAAAAUGAAAUGAUUGAAAUUGAUUUAAUAAAUCAAAGAAUUGAUUUCAUAAUUAAUAAAUGUCAAAUACCAAUACCAAAAUCAUUAUCAGAUGUUCAACAACUCCAAUUCGUGCCAUGUUUUUAUGAAAUUAAAAUAUAUGAACAAAAAUUAUCAACAAUAUUAGAUUGUUUAAAAACUAUAUCACAACUUUCAAAUAUUUUUAAAUCAUUUUUAAAAUCAAUAAAUGAUAAAUCAUAUAAAAUAAAAUUAACAAAAGAUCAAGAUGAAUAUUAUUCAAAAAAAGGUAGUUCAACACAAUUAAAUUUAGAAUUAUCAAAUAUAAAUUCAUUAAUUUGGUCAUUAGGUAGUGGUAAUAAUAAUAAUAAUAAUAAUAGUACAAGUACAUUAUUAUUAUUAUCAAUAACAGAUAUUAAAAAUAAAUUUACAAGUAAAGAAUUAGAAACAAAUAUUAUUGAAUUAUUAAUUACAAGUGAAAAGAAUGAAAUAAUUUUUGGAUUAUAUCGUUCAUUAUUACCAUUUACUCAUCAUUUAAAUCAUUUUAUUGAUAAUUGGAAUUUUUAUCAAAUUAAAAGGGAAAAUAAUUAUCAAGAUUAUUUAAAAAUUAAAAAACAUACUAUUAUUACAACAGAUACUGUUUUUCAUUCAAAAAUGUUUGCACAUUAUAAAUUUCAAGAAUUUAUUGAUGAUUGUCAAGAUGAUAAUAAUUUAUUUAGAUUUUGUAAAACAAAAGAUUCCCAAAUUAAUUUUAUCAAUAAUUUUAAUAAAGAUUUAAUAAUGACAAAUCAACCAAAGAAAUAUAAUCUUUAUAAAAAUAUUCUUUCAAAUUUAGUUUGGUUAGAUGAUAUUGAAUUAAUAAAUUUAUUAAAGAAACCAGUUGAAGUUGAAUUUAAACAAAAUGAGAAAUUAUUAUUAAUUUCAAAAUUAAAAUCAAAUGAAAUGUUUGAUAUAGUUUAUCAAGUUUUAAAAAUGGCAAAUGAAAUGGAAAGAAAUUUAAAUAUAUUAAAAUCAAUUGAUUAUAGUAUUAGUUCAACAACAACAACAACUACUACUUCUACCACAACAACAAAUACAGUAUCAAAUGUUACUAUUGGUAAUGAUGGACAACCUAUAAAAAGAAUUUUAGAAAUGUUAAUCUUAUGUGAAAAAUCAAAUAUUUUACAACAUUUUAAAAAUAAUUAUACUCUUGAUUAUCUUUCACAAGUGAAUUAUAUUGAUUUAACAAAUAAAACAUUUAAAUUUGGAAUUUUUAAAUUUGUUUAUGAUAAUUUAUCAGAUUUUUCAGUUUAUGAGAGAGUUAAUGCUUGGAGAAAUAAUCUUAGUUUCAUAACAAAUGUUCAAGAAUUUAAAUAUUUAGUUGAACGUACACCAUCAUCAUCAGAUUAUAAACUACCAUCAGAUAAUGGUUUAUCAUAUUUUAAAUAUAUGGUACAAGAAAGAUUAUUUGAUUUACAAAGUGGUAGAUGUAGUUUCGAAUCACAUAAAUAUCCAAUUUAUCAAUACUUUAAAUUGGUUAAAGAUAAAAGACAAGGUAAAGAAACUAAUGAAGAUGAUAUUAAAGAGGAAUUUAAUGAUUUAAUUUAUCCAAAAAAAUCAACAUUUAGUAGUUAUACACUAAGAAGUACAUUUUCAAAAAUUUGUCAAUACAAUGAUUUGGAUUUAAUUGAUCUUAUUUUUACCGAUGCUUCAAACUUCACCAAUUUUGGUGAUCAAAAAACAACAAAUUCCAAAUCGUAUGUACAAAUACUUUUGGAAGUAAUAACAUCACAAGGUGAUUUAGAACUUUUUAAAUAUGUAAAUUCAAAAUUUCCAGAAAUAGUUUUAAUCAUUUUAAAAGAUGGUUCAAAAUCAAGUUGGGUUAACGGUUUUUAUCGUUGUUGUCGCCCUGUUCAACUUGCACUUACAAAUGGCCAUAUUGACUUUUUAUUAUAUAUUUUAAGUUUAAAGAAAACAAAUAAAGUCUUUUUAAAAAUAACUCAUAUCUCAAUUACAUUCAAUAAUAAAUGUUUAUUAAAUCAUUUAAUAAAUAUAGACAAUAGUUAUUUAUUUUUUGAACAUUAA